AUGGUUAACAAUUUCACUUCACUUAGUCACUUAUCCCUUACAAAAGUUACUUGUGGUUCACUUGAACCUUAUUUUGGCAGCACAAGUGAAAUUGUCGACGUCGGGCGCUUGUUCUCGCUUCCCGCCAUCACCGUCAAACCGCCCAGUUUUCUGCUCGCCGCCUCGGCAUGUUCACAUGGCUCGUGAUGCGCCGACGCUGAUGUACAGUUACGUAGCCUUUGGCGACGAUUCGUCUCGCGGUGGCCUGACUGUAAUGUGAGUGUUCGUGACCCAUCGCAGUGAUAACUCACAUCGCGAGCUAGACUGGUGACUGGAGCGAGGU